GCUGGCCUUGUUCUAUCUGCAGCUGGGUAUGCUGGAUUCCGUUAUAAACAAAAGAAGAACACGUUGCCGUUUGCCUUUCAUGGAAAAUCUGGCAUGUCCCAGCAACAACGCCAACCUCCACCACCUCCGUCUGCUCCGGCCAUGUCAAUGGUGGCCGCGGCAUCACCACCGACAACAACAGCUAUAAUGAACGAUGAUAGCAACGAGGUAGAUAUAUUUGGAUGACCCACGAAUAAUCAAAGCGAAUACUAAUAACCUGUUGUUCUGGUCGUAAAAGUCGAGUCGACAACAGGUCAUGUCUGGCGUUAUACCAAUAGCAUAUAUUCCUCCUUCACGCCAAUCAUCAGAACAUGUCUACAAUCGACCAGCCAACACCAUCGAAGAACAACAGCAGCAAUACGACAAUGCAGUAGCUCAGACCUCCUAUCCGCGCUACAAUAAAUUCCUAUCCCAAUCCUUCCGAAAAUCAGAUCUGCAGCGACAGUCGACAGCAACCGCAUUGACAGCAGCUGACGAUAAUCCAUUCUCUGACGACCAUCAUUCGCGCAAUAGUGUGCUGACCACAGACGACGAACGCGCAUCGAUUGCUUCUAGUGUAGCGCAUGUCACUAAAACGCCUGUUAAGGCAACACAGGCAUAUCAGAUGCAACGAGCAAAACCACAAAUCAUGCGUGUCAACACCGUGCGUGUCAACAAUGGCGCUGGCUUGACUCGUAGUGGCUCGACGCGGACAGUCCUGACACGAGACUCCACUCAACUUAGCCGAUCCAAUACGGCCCCCACACGACAUCAACAACAACAGCAGCAAACAGAAAAACAACAACAAAACCCAGGCGAAGAAAAUGGACAGCAGCAGCAUGUGCCUGUGCAGUUGGCAGAUGUUGAACAGCGUCCCAGUUCUGCUCCUGCAGCUCAGCUAAAUGAUGAAGAUGAUCCGUUCCAUGAUCGACACAGUGCAACGAAUGCGUCGUCGGCUUCUUCCAGUUCAGAAAAGUUGCGUCCCCAGAUAACGGAUAGCAUGGUAUCCGGUCCAAGCGACGGCGAAAUCACGAUAUUCUGGGAUGCACACCGCUCGACACAAUCCUUAUCACCCGCAUCAUUCCCAAAGCCACCCCAAUCUCCUUGAAACGCCCCCCCCAACAUUACAUUCCUUUUCACUCUCUCUUUUGUUCUUCUUGCUGUUGUAGUCUUCUUCACAUAUACGUAUAUAUUUUUCUUGUGGUUUACAAGGUAUACAAAAAAAACAAGACCAAGGAUCGAAUGUGUUUGAAAGUAAUGCUUCGGCGGGCCUUAUCAUAUAUUUAUUCAUCCUUGACAGUCUUGCCCGUCUUUUUAAUCGUUUCUAGCACCUUUUCGCGCGGUAAGUCGGUCUUGACAUACACGGUUUGCUUAUCAAGAUUGAUAUCAAUGUUUUCUUCCUCGACGCCUGAAUUGAUACGUUAUGUGUAUCAGUUUAUCAUUAUUCUCAAUUCUACAGGCACGCAUGUAGACCGUUCUUUAUACAAGCAUAUACCCUCCCCUUCCACAGUCCUA